CUCAUAUACAAUGUACCCACGGAGGGCCCAGCAGCACUGAGAACUUGCUGUCACUGAAGUUUACUUAUGUAUGGUGAAGAUUCCCUGUUAGUUCAUAGCCACUCUCUAGGUUUGCUUUCUUUUAGUGAAGAAGCAGUUUAUUCAAUUAGAGAAAAAUGGUCAGAGAAUAAAGAGGCCAAGGUCCUAUUUCAGUCUGCAGACUUGACAUAAAAGAAUGUGCUAAUUAAAAUUUACCUAACCAGUGGCAAUAAACUCUAUUCCAGCAGAGGAAUUUUUUAAACUCUCUAUUAUAGAAAAAUAAUAAAUAUAUGCUGAUUGAAGAGAAUGGUGGAGACUCCACGUGAAACCAUACCCAGCUUUAAGAGUAAUUAACUUAACAGCCAAUCACUUCAUCUCUACACCAUUCUCACACUCUCAAGUUAUUUAGAAACAAUUCAAACACCAGAUUAGUUCCUUCAUAAGUAUCUUUUAGCAUUCACAUAGAAAUCUUAUUAGCAAUAAUAUUGAAAGUAUUUACCUUUGUUUAAUAUACUUCUCAUCCUAUUACAGAAUUCAUAUUUUGUUGCCAUAAAUCUUGAAAAGUAUACUUUAGAGAUUAAGCCCUUGUCGGUUACAUCAUUUGAAACUAUUUUCUCCCAUUCUGUAAGUUGACCAUGAUGUACAGUAGAAAAAAAUUGUACUGGGGAAAUAAUAAUAAAAAAGGUUAAAAAAAAAAACUUGAAAAGUAUAUGAGACUUCCAUAGUAUAUUGAAAAUGUGAAACUUCCACGGGAAAAGGAAUUGUGUGAGCUAACUCCGUCCCUGUGGUUAAUCUGUUCUGUACACAGUGGCACCCAUUGUGCAGGAACGCCCCUCCUUUGGUCACCUAGUAACUUUUCACUAGUCAACAAGAAGCUGAAUAAACUAUUAUGUUGCAUGAAAGUGCUGGCUAGCUGACUUGGAUCAUCUCCUGGACUUUUAGAAGCAAAAAACCAUACCAAGUUUGAAUUUGCUAAACCUUUAGGCUUUGCUGUCAGAAACAUUCCACUCUUGGAGCAUAAGAUGGAUACAGAAGACAUAGGCUCAGGGAAACUAGGCCAAAUAUUGAAGCAGAUUUGGAGACAAAACGUGAUGCUAAAGCAGGCGCUCCUGGGAGAAGACCAUUGUGAAGGGGCUGGUGGGGCCACUUGGAUAGCCACAGUGGUCUUUCUGGGUCAAGGGCUCAGUAGGGCCCUUCACCAACUCUUGGAGCACAUUGCAGGGACUCUGCGCUCCACCUGCCAGCAGCUGUGUGUUCUGCUUGACAAAGAGAAUCACUGUACCUGGACACAAGAAAUCGUGACUUUCAGAGAGUGCCUCAUGAAAAUAAAUGAAUAUUUGGGGGGCACGGCUGCAUUUCUAAAGAAAGAAGAAAAGGAGAUGUGUAAUUUAUGCGGCAUGCAUGAUGAAUGUGCUCCACAGCAGACAAUGUCCGCCAUUCAAGAUAUCAAAGCCACAGACAUUGCUGCAAGAGAGGAACAAAAUGUCAUAGAAACAGCUACUGUGUCUCCCACAAGUAGAGAGGAAAGUCAUUACCCAAACCAGGUCCAGUUAAAAAAAAAUAAAACAUAUAGGAGUUCAGAAUUAGUGGAAAAAGAAAACAAUACAUCAUUGAAUGGAGAUGUAACAGGGCAAGAAGAGUCACAGAACAAAAUGUUCCCAGAUAAUACAGAAAAUGAAAACGAUAAACAAACAGAACACAUGACUGUUGAGAACAUAAAUGGCAACAGGCGAGAGACACAUGACAUAAUCCAGACAACAGAAAGAGAAAUUCAAGAGACCUCAGAAAGCCAAAGAGAAGAGAUGAUCAUAUCCUCAAUAACAUGUGAUAUCACCAAUAAAUAUGUGACUAGUCUUCUUCCCAGUGAUCCAGAGAGUUUAAAGCAAAAGGAAAACAUAAUGGAAAAGGAGUAUCUUGAUGUGCUGAAUGAUAAUACUCUCCCCCAAGUGUCUUGUUACAUUACAGCACCAUCCUCUGUUCUACAGCAUCUAGAAUGCCGGAUAAUUAAUAGUAUGAGUUCUUUAGUAGUGAGUGACAAUGAGGAGUUGGUCAGCAAUGUCAUCACUGUUGAGUGCUCAGAAAUGGAAAAGAGAAUUCCAUUUCCAAUAUGCAUUGCAAUUCCAUUUACUGCACGUUACAGAGGAAAUUACAGAGACAUCAUGGUGAAAGUGUCUGAUAUAAACUUUCAGUCAAGUUACUUGACUCCAAAUUCACUGGAAGGAAUGAGAGGAAGUUACAAGGGAACCUAUGCUGAAGUGAAAGUUUAUAAGCUGGGUAUCUUUUCUGUUGUGUCCUGUUUAAAGAAAGAGUCCUUUACAGUAACAAAGAAAGGCCUUACUCUUAAACCAAGCAUGGAUUCCCGGAUAUCCUUAAAUUACCCUCCAGGAGUUUUCAGCUCACCAGUGCUUAUACAAUUAAAGGUCCAGCCAAUUGACCCAUCUUUGGUGGCAUAUUUAAAAACUCAGCAAGAUAUUUCCUAUUCAGUACUAUCCACAAGUCCUGUGAUUCACAUUCAACACCCAUCAACGCAUCCUUUCCAGAAACCAGUCACUGUAUUCCUACCUUGUUCGCCACAUCCUGAUAAAAAAAAUCUUGGGUCUGAGGUAGAUCAUAAAGGAAGAGCUAGUACCACAGCAAACAGAAUCAUACCUUUAUACCUCAACUGGACAAAACGAACUUCCAUAAGAAAACCUGGAAACACCUGUGAAUCUUUGAAAUUAUUGGGAUUCAGAAGCCGAGACAGUGGUUGGUUUGUGCUUGAUGGUGUUAUGGUGAGAACCACACAGAGUGGCUUGAUAUCAUUUGAAUUGUGUGAACAUUUAGAGAGGUUUAUUGUGCUUCGUCUGUCUUCCAUUAUGGAAAAUAGCCAUUUGCUUUCUUUUGUGAAGUCUUUGGAGGAAGCCAUGUUCAGCACCACUGCCUGCAUUGUACUUUACCACCAGAAAGACAACCCACAUAGAGUUGUUAUUUUGGUGGUGCCUUCUAAAGAUUUAAACCAGGAGCUCAGGCACUUGCGCUUGGGAGGACUCAGUGGUCCUCCAGAGCCAUCUCGCCAUUUCCAAGUGAAAGAAGGAGAACAACUUCUUUUAAGGUUUACUGGAAACAUAUUUGCUUCAAGCAAUGGGAAGGAUUAUGGAAAAGACUACAAGCUUAUUUUUCAUUUACAAAGGAAACCUAGAUUGGAACUCCAAAUCAAAGAGGUGGAUGAAUUUGGAAAUUACAGCUGCCCUCAUUACAAGGGUACCAUUAUAGUUUAUAAAGUACCUAAAGAAAAGAUAGUUCACAACUCGGAUCAGUGUCUUAUACUUAAUGAAAACAAUUAUCAGUUGCCAAUUUGCAAAUUACCACUGAGAUUGCCAAAGCAUGAAAAUUUAAUCAACCGUCCACAGAGUACCAAAAGAAUUUCUACAGAUCCUCUAGAAGCCCUGUGGAACAGCUUGCUCUACUGGCUGUCGGAGGAGCUCUCAGAAGAAAACGCGCUGUGUCUCUCUGCAUCCCUCCCGCUGCGCCGCAGCACCGUUCAGCUCAUCAAACUGAAGGCCCCCAAUGACCUUGCAGAACAGACCUACGAACUUCUCUGCUUCUGGAAAAGAUCACUCCCAAAUUCCACCGACAAACUUCGCCUUCUAGCUCGCCAUCUCCGCAAGAUAGGCAGGAGUGACCUUUCAGGAGAGCUCAAAUUCAAGUGGGAAAAUAAAGUGUUCACUGAACCACCACGGUGGUCUGAUGGGGCAGAGGAAAGCCCUGUGGCUCCUUCUGCCCUAGAAGAAGGGCUGUAGCUGGCUUGAGGAUGGCUUCUGUCAACGUGUUACUAGCAGUGUCCAAGUAAUGUCUGAAGUGAAUCUAUGUGAUAGAUGUGUUAUUGAGACAAGUGAAGAGGCGGUAAUCAGACAAAACCAUUUGUGGGUUGGCUUCCUCUUUCACGGUUCAGUGAUAUACGUUCUGCAGGUGUGACCGUCCAGAGUUCAGCCAAACUUAUUAUCAGUUGUAACAGAGCUUGCCCUGUUUAUAUUUUAAUAGAUAGGUUGCUUUUUAUUUUUUUUAAUUAAAAAAAAAUUUUUUUUAAGGGUCGUAGAUGCAACAUUUGGAAGUUCCCAGGCUAGGGGUCAAAUCUGACCUACAGCUGUCAGCCUAUGCCAGGUCCUAGUGGUGUCUGCCACCUACACCACAGCUCAUGGCAAUGCCAUAUCCUUAACCCACUGAGGGAGGCCAGGGAUUGAAUCCGCAUCCUUAUGGAUACUAGUCUGGUUUGUUUCUGCUGAGACACAACAGGAAGUCCUAGGUUGCUUUUUAAAUAUAAAGGAAAGGUGUAAUCUACAGAAUUCCUUUUUUUUUAUUCUUAUCUAAAUAAAAAUGAACAUGUCAUCCAGUACUCCAAGAAACUAAUUCAUGUAAUGUGCAAACCAUGGAACCCACAAGUAACAAUACAAAUAAAGUGAGCUGCAGAAACCUGAUGUGAAUGAGAGCAAAUCAGUUUAACAGCCAAGGUUGAAAUCAAUUAAAACUAGAAUGACCCUUCAUCCAUGUAUUGUCACAAACCUUUCUUGUAAAAUAUAGCCUAAAAUAGGGCAAACCUCAUUUUUUUUUAUUAUUAUUGGUCAGAUGAGACAGCAGAGAGACAAGGAUGCAUCAGUGAAAGAACUCAGGGCCUUUUGUACUGAGGAAAACAACCUGCUACCAAAUCAGUUUGACAGAAACCUUAUUACAUAAGCCCUUAUGGGUCAUUAUUUUUUUUUAAAACCUGCCUGUAAAAAACACAAAGCUACAAGGAAAAAAAUACUAAUUACAUAAGACUCUCUAUCACUGAUAAUCCUCGUUAAUGUUAAGUGUUUAUGUAUUGAGACUUGGGAAAACCUAGAGCACUUUAGUUCCCCAACACAGCAUGACACGAAUGGGCCAUUGCAUUAGCACCACCAGUUCACUCGUGGGGGACCGACAGGCCUUGGCUUGCAAAUAUUAGCAAUGAUGAGUCUCGGUUAUUGAAAUACCUGAAGGGUAAUGAAAUUACAUGAAACAAUAAACACUUUAUAUGGUUCUCAAAUUUAAAGAAAGGAUUUCCUCCUAUAAAUUAACCAGAGACUUAGAUAUCUAUGGUUAUGUUAACAAAGAGAAUUCCAAUUUUCAAACACAUUCCUAUGAAAAAGACUCUGAGGAGCCUUUCUGUGUUUCCAGAAAGGUAUCAUAUUUUUAACGUGUUUUGGGAAUGAAGAAAAUAGACUGAGGAGUUCCCGUCGUGGCUCAGUGGUUAACGAAUCCGACUAGGAACCAUGAGGUUGCGGGUUCGGUCCCUGCCCUUGCUCAGUGGGUUAACGAUCCGGCGUUGCCGUGAGCUGUGGUGUAGGUUGCAGACGCGGCUCGGAUCCCGCGUUGCUGUGGCACUGGCGUAGGCAGGUGGCUACGGCUCCGAUUCGACCCCUAGCCUGGGAACCUCCAUAUGCCGCGGGAGCGGCCCAAAGA